AUGGUUAGAACUAGAGGUGGUGGUUCUGCAAAUUUCGCACCACGAGUUCCUCUAACUUCAUCCGGUGGUGGAGCACAUGCAUUUGUUCAUGUUGAGAAGCCAUCGUUGAAGUGGACAAGGAGCAAGAGACGACGCACUCGUAAGAGUUCUUACUCUACCGCUGCCAUAAAAACACUUCCAAAAGACUUAUUAGUAGAGGUGGUUGCAGUCGUUGCCUCACACUCCUUCAAGGACUUUCACAACGUCAAAAUGUGUUGCAAAGAUUUUCUUGACGCCACUGAAGAUAACUCUGUUUGGAAAAGAGUUUCUUUGGAUACAUUCCCGUUAAUCCAAUGGCUUCCUAAUGACAAUGUAUCGUCGUUCUUGAAUCGUUGCAGGGAAUGUGGAAAUAUAGAGAGCUUGUAUAGAGAAGGGCUACGAAAGUAUUUUUAUGAUCCAAAUGAAAAGAUUCAUGGUCUUGAUAUCUUGAAAGUAACUGCUCAAAAGGGUCACAAGGAGGCAAAAUAUGUGUGUGGUAUGAUUUUGUUAUGCUCUAAAGAUGAUGAGUUGAGAAAAAAAGGACUUGAGUAUAUGCGCUUUUUGAGGAUGUUCAAGUGUGUUGUAGGCUCCAGAAAUAAAGUGAAACAAUUAUUGAAAAUUAUGUGGAAAAAGAAUGGAAUGGUGGGGCGCAAUCAGAGUCCUUUAUGUAACUCCAAGAGCACAUGCAAAGGGUGGAGAAUGAAGAAGGGCAGAUGGGCAUUGAUAGAUGAUGAUGAUGAUGGGAAUGAGAGCUUGAAUUCUGGAGUAGGAGGUGUGUCUAUGGCCUCCAUGGUAACUUGUAAAGGAGGUCGACUCUUUCCCUUAGUUUAG